UAUGAUGCUGACUCUGCGCCUCUGGGUGCACUGUGGCGCUGACACGGCGCUGCGGCGCUGGCGGAAAACGAGCGAUGCAGCGUGCCGCGCGUGCCACGCCGCAAAGCUCACCGAUGAUGACGACGACGCUGCAGCCGCGACGCGACGUCGAGGAGGCGCCGCGAUGACGACGCUGCCCCGACAUCGAUACUGCCUACUGCCUGAUGCUGACUCUGCGCCUCUCGGUGCGCCGUGACGCUGUCACGGCGCUGCGGCGCUGGCGGAAAACGAGCGAUGCUGGCUUGCGCGCGGCGCGGCGCUGCCUGCUGCCUGGCGCCGAGCGCGUCGCCGACGGCACAGGCGGCGCACGAUGCACGACGAGGAGAAGUGUGACGCAUGGCAUUCGAGCUGCGCACGACGAUGACGAAGAAGAGGCGGCGGUGGAGAGGAUGGGUGCUCGCUGCUUCGCUGCCUGGCUGCGGCGCUCGCUGCGCUGCGGCUGCCUUGCCGCGCUGGCCCGGCGUCGGCGUCGGGUGCAGGACGAGGCGGAGGAGGUGGAAGAGAGCGAGAAGGUGGCGGAGGAGGAGGAGAAGAAGGAAGAGGAGGAGGAGGAGGAGGAGGAGGAGGAGGAGGAGGAGACGAUGCAGAGCAGAGGUCGUGGCGAGACGCGAACGGCAUCGAGCGGCGCGCUCGAGCGUUCGCCGCUUCGAAGAUCGAAGCGGCGGACGCUCGCGCCUCGCCUCGAUCGCCCUCGGUGCACUUCCGCGCCGAGGCGACUCGCAGGCGGGCACUGCAGCAGCGUCCUUCAGUACGUUCCCGGAACGCACUCACGGAGACAGACGAGGUGCCGCUGGCCUCGACCAUCUUGAAGAGGGCGGCUGGCAGAGCGCAGGCGCAGCGCGCUUGCGCUCGGGCUGCGAGGUGUGUGACGGUGUGAAGCUGCUCGCUUGCUGGCUGAUGCUGCCCACUGCCUGCUGCUGAGCAUGCGUGAUGCUGCACGCGUGCGGUCGGGGCAGAGAAGGAGGAGAUGACGCCGCGACGGCGAAGAGCAAAGGAUGUGGUGGUGG